GAGGCGACUGGCGCGCGCACCCACGUCUCUGCCGGCCCGCCGCCCGUCCCACUCCGCCUUCCUCUCAGCUGCACGCUCACCCGCCCGCGGCGACAUGGCUCACGCGCCCGCUAGCUGCCCGAGCUUCAGGGGCUCCGGGGACGGCGAGAUGGGCAAGCCCAGGAAGGUGGCGCUCAUCACGGGCAUCACCGGCCAGGAUGGCUCAUACUUGGCAGAAUUCCUGCUGGAGAAAGGAUACGAGGUCCAUGGAAUUGUACGGCGAUCCAGUUCAUUUAAUACAGGUCGAAUUGAACAUUUAUAUAAGAAUCCACAGGCUCAUAUUGAAGGAAACAUGAAGUUGCACUAUGGUGACCUCACUGACAGCACCUGCCUGGUGAAAAUCAUCAAUGAAGUCAAACCUACAGAGAUCUACAAUCUUGGUGCCCAGAGCCAUGUCAAGAUUUCCUUUGACUUAGCAGAGUACACUGCAGAUGUCGAUGGAGUUGGCACCUUGCGACUUCUGGAUGCAAUCAAAACUUGUGGCCUUAUAAAUUCUGUGAAGUUCUACCAGGCCUCAACAAGUGAACUGUAUGGAAAAGUGCAGGAAAUACCCCAGAAGGAGACCACACCUUUCUAUCCGAGGUCACCCUAUGGAGCAGCCAAACUCUAUGCCUAUUGGAUCGUGGUGAACUUUCGUGAGGCAUAUAAUCUCUUUGCGGUGAAUGGCAUUCUCUUCAAUCACGAGAGUCCUAGAAGAGGGGCUAAUUUUGUUACUCGAAAAAUUAGCCGGUCAGUAGCUAAGAUUUACCUUGGACAACUGGAAUGUUUCAGUUUGGGAAAUCUGGACGCAAAACGAGACUGGGGCCAUGCCAAGGACUAUGUAGAGGCUAUGUGGCUGAUGUUGCAAAAUGAUGAGCCAGAGGACUUUGUCAUAGCUACUGGGGAAGUUCAUAGUGUCCGUGAAUUUGUUGAGAAAUCGUUCAUGCACAUCGGAAAAACCAUUGUGUGGGAAGGAAAGAAUGAAAAUGAAGUGGGCAGAUGUAAAGAGACCGGCAAAGUUCAUGUGACUGUGGAUCUGAAAUACUACCGACCAACUGAAGUGGACUUUCUGCAGGGAGACUGCUCCAAGGCGAAGCAGAAACUGAACUGGAAGCCCCGCGUUGCCUUUGAUGAGCUGGUGAAGGAGAUGGUGCAGGCCGACGUGGAGCUCAUGAGGACCAACCCCAACGCCUGAGCCCCUCUGCAGAGAUUCGCGAGGCAUGGCCUACCAUGCAGAGUCCAGCCACUCCUGCGACCAUCGACCCUGGACCUCCUGUGUUGUCCCCACAGCUAAGAGCUGGGCCACAGGUUUGUAGGCACCGGGACAGGACACUCCAGAGCUAAGGCUGCUUUUGCUUUUGUCGAAGGCCCCAAUGAAUGGUUUUGGGAAAUCAAGAAGUUUUAAUCACAUAUUCAUUUUACUUGAAAUUAUGUCACUAGACAACUUAAAUUUUGGAGUCUUGAGAUUGUUUUUCUCUUUUCUUAUUAAAAGAUGUUUCUAUGAACCAGCA